CUGAUCCAUUUUAAGUAGCGUAGGAUUGCAAAGGCGAAACCACUGAAUUAAACUUAAAAGGGACGUUUCUAUACAGUUGUUUGCUUUUUUUUUGUUGUUUUUGUUAUUGUAUUUAUUUUUUGGCCAUCGUACAUCUUUGGGUUUACUGUUGUUGGAUAUUUUACUUUCUCUGAAACACAAAAGCUACUUCAUGAAGGAAGAUUCGAUUCCGUUUAUUUUUAAAUGCUUCGAAUCUCAUAAUUAACGGCCCAUUAAAUUCCACUUAGCUAGCUAGCUACAUAAUGUGCUUGUAAAGUUAUGUUCGUUUUGCAUAUGGAGGAUGACCGACGCUGCGAGUCUCCGCUAGAUUUAGUAUGAGGAAAUGAUGGAUUUAAAACCUUUUAGGCUAGUCUCCAAACUCUUCAUAGUGAACACUGGACGUGGGGCUCAGCAAAGAGCUGUGCAGCCGUUCAGCGAUGAGGACGCCUCCAUCGAAACGCUCAGUCGCUGCAGUAGCUUCAGCGAGACGGGCAGCGUGGCGGAGGACGGAGGAGAGGUGGGGGAGGACGUGGCCCUGGAGGACUUCCAGUUCAAGCUGAAGGGUUUCAUCGACAGCACGGUGGAUAAAAGUGCCAAGACCAGGCAGAGUGCUCUAGACGGACUGAAGACUGCCAUGGCAACCAAGAUCCUGUACGAGUUUAUCCUGGAGAGGAGGCUGACCAUCGCGGACAGCAUCGAGCGCUGCCUGAAGAAAGGCAAAGGGGAGGAGCAGAGGGCGGCCGCCUCCCUGGCCUGCCUCCUGUGCAUCCAGCUGGGCUCGGGCAUCGAGAGCGAGGAGGUGUUCAAGGCCCUCAAGCCCGUCUUCAAGAACAUCCUCAACGACGGCACCGCCAACAUCCAGGCCCGGCAGGCGUGUGCAACAAGUUUGGGCAUCUGCAGUUUGGUUGCUGAAGACGAUAUUUUGGACGUGUACUCCACCAUGGAGUGCUUUGAGGGCCUGUUCUCCCGGAGCUAUGCCAGGGGGGACAGCAGUCGGCCGACGUUCGGACAAGGGACCACCGUCCUGCACACCCACGCUCUUCUGUCCUGGGCCCUGCUCCUCACCAUCUGCCCCGCUUCUGAAGUCCGGAACAUUCUCAUGAAGCACCUGGCCAGACUGCCCUCCCUGUUGGAGAGUGAGGACCUGAACAUGCGGAUCGCAGCAGGAGAGACCAUCGCCCUGCUGGUGGAGCUUGCCCGGGACCUCCACACUGACUUUGAGCACGAGGCCCUGGAGCCCCUGUGUGAGAAGCUGAACGCCCUGGCCACCGACUGCAACAAGCACCGCGCCAAGAACGACAAACGCAAGCAGCGCUCCGUCUUCAGAGACGUCCUGCGGGGCGUGGAGGAGGGCGACUUCCAGACGGAGACGAUCCGCUUCGGGACGGAGCGCAUGGAGAUCGACAGCUGGGUGAGGAAGAGGAUGUACGACGCGUUCCGCGAGUUCGUGGGGUCGGGGAUGAACUACCACCUGCAGGCGAACGAGUUCAUCCGGGACGUCUUUGCGCUCGGACCUCCGGUGAUGGUGGAUGCGGCCACACUGAAGGCCAUGAAGGUCUCGCGCUUUGAGAGGCAUCUGUACAACGCGGCCGCCUUCAAAGCCCGCACCAAGGCCCGGAGCAAGGUCCGAGACAAGCGCGUGGACGUCGGAGAGUUCUAGAUCUUCUCAAACUAACUACUUCCUUCAAAGUGUCACCAUUUAAAAAAAACUUAUUCAAUUCUUCUUUUUUUUUUUUUUUUUUUUUUUUUUUUUCUUUUUUUUUUUAUAUAUUGGUAUACAUGAUAUAUUGGUAGUUGUAUCAAAUUUAAUUUAUAUAUUUAUUUGGAUUUUUACAUAAAUCACGUAUAUUGUCAUUAUAAUUUCUUUGAAUAAUCCUAAAAGUGAGUACAGUAAUUGUGCCAGUUAACCUAUGAAUUCCACCCCUUGCAUGCUUCCUGUACUUUAAUCCUUGUUCCAUUACUUAUUGUGUUGGGUAGAGGGCACUCUAAAUAAAUCUGAAUUAGCAGAA